AGUAGCAGCGGCCUUUCCUAAUUUGAGCUCAGUGAUCCCAGUAGCUGCAAGCCCUGCUCUGCUGCAUGAUGUCUGCUUGUAAAUUCUUCUCCACUGUCAGAGGCCUCACUUUGCAGGCAAAAUGGACCCAGAGGAUGAGUGCUGGUGCAGCCUGGAUGGUACACAGUAAGGGCUCUGCUUGCAGUUUUUCCACCAGCAGUAAUCAUUACGCUAAAUUCUACAGUGAUCCAGUGCAAGCGGUAAUAGACAUACCAGACGGAUCAACGCUACUUGUUGGUGGAUUUGGUUUGUGUGGCAUUCCAGAAAACCUUAUUGCUGGGCUUCUUAAAACUGGCAUCAACGGAAUCACAGCUGUCAGCAACAAUGCUGGCGUUGAUAACUUUGGCUUGGGUCUCCUGCUUAAGACAAAUCAAAUAAAGCGAAUGGUCUCUUCGUACGUGGGAGAGAAUGCUGAAUUUGAAAGGCAGUAUCUUCAAGGAGAGCUAGAAGUGGAGCUUGUACCGCAGGGAACGCUUGCAGAGAGAAUUCGAGCAGGUGGAGCUGGGAUUCCAGCAUUUUUUACACCCACAGGUUACGGCACAUUAAUCCAAGAAGGGGGAGCACCAAUAAAAUAUAAUAAGGAUGGCACCAUUGCAAUAGCGAGCAAAGCUAAAGAAGUCAAGGAAUUUAAUGGGCGACAUUUUGUUAUGGAGACCUCCAUUACUGGAGACUUUGCAUUGGUAAAAGCUUGGAAAGCCGAUCGUGCGGGAAAUGUUGUGUUCAGAAAAACUGCAAGAAACUUCAACCAGCCGAUGUGUAAAGCCGCUAAAGUGACCCUUGUUGAGGUUGAGGAAAUUGUUGAAACUGGAACAUUUGCACCUGAAGAUGUCCACAUUCCAAGCAUUUAUGUGGAUCGAAUUCUCAAAGGAGAAAACUAUCAGAAAAAAAUAGAGAGGCUAACCCUUCGGAAGUCAGAAAAUUCCACACCCAAACCUAAAAAAGCUUCAGACCUUGUAAGAGAGAAGAUAAUUAGGAGAGCAGCUUUGGAGUUUGAGGAUGGGAUGUAUGCCAACCUAGGCAUCGGCAUUCCAAUGUUGGCAAGCAACUUUAUCAAGAAAGACAUCACAGUCCACCUUCAGAGCGAAAAUGGAGUGCUUGGUCUGGGUCCAUAUCCUUUGGAAAACGAGGUUGACCCAGAUCUGAUUAAUGCAGGUAAAGAAACUGUGACAAUCCUUCCGGGAGCCUCUUUCUUUUCCAGUGAUGAUUCCUUUGCCAUGAUUAGAGGGGGUCAUGUUGACCUGACAAUGUUGGGUGCUAUGCAAGUAUCAAAGUAUGGAGAUCUUGCAAACUGGAUGAUUCCGGGUAAGAUGGUGAAGGGGAUGGGUGGUGCCAUGGACCUGGUGUCAAGCUCAGGAACCAAAGUUGUGGUUACUAUGGAGCACUCUGCCAAGGGUGGAGCACACAAGAUUUUGGAACAAUGCAACUUGCCACUUACUGGGAAACAGUGUGUUGACCGUAUUAUUACAGAGAAGGCUGUCUUUGAUGUGGACAAAACCAAUGGUCUGACUCUGAUUGAAGUUGAUGAAGGAUUUUCAGUAGAUGAUAUAAGGAAAUGCACUGGCUCUGAUUUUGCUGUUUCACCAAAUCUGAAGCCAUUACAGCAGAUAUGAAUUUAAAACAAGAUUAUUUGCUGCUUCCUGGGAAUCCAUUUGGUGAAGAAAUAAAAUGUCUGUUAACUUUAUAUUUUCCAUGUACAAGUUUCUAUCUAGACAAAUAUAUGCCAACCUCAACAGGGCAAACAGGUCAAUUUUCAAUAGUGCAAACAGAGUUGUAAAAAUGUAAAGUUUUUAAAAAAAACAUAUUGAGAAAUGAUUGUUGUUUUUUUUUUGUCAAUAAAACAUAUGGCAAACAGA